AUGUCACGAUACCCUCCGGCUCCGGAGCCCCGACACCGGACGACUCGACGGCGAUCCUCGGAACGGGGCAUGUCUGGUGCUGGUAAACCAUAUCUCUUAGAAUGGAAUGCCCAAAGUUGUCGACAGAAAGAUUUCUUUACGGCGGAGGAGUUCCAAGAAGAGAUGACUCUUGUGGAGAGACCAGGCUGGAGAAGAAUCGCUCUUGUAAGAGGUGAAUGUGAUAUUGGCGUCUUGCUUGGUAUCGAGCUGGAUAAAAAGAGAGGGGGAUGGGUCUGGGAAUUUCCAGAGACGGAAGUAAGGAGGAGGAAAACGGAAGAAAGCGAUAACGAGACCAAAGAGAAGGACGACGACAGUGAUUCAGGCCAGGACGAAGGUAUCAGGAUAUGUCGUGCAUCGCUCAUGACUAAGGAGAGACUUCCUAUUCUACUACUCGACGGCCUUCCGUUUCGCAUAUCUCCGCGACCUUACCGACCUUCCAGGAUACCUAGCAACACGAUUCCAGACAAAAGUAAACAGGGGAAACGGCCACCAAAACGAUCAGAGUUGGAAGACUCCCUCUGGCAAGCACUCGUUGAUAUUCGACCCAUAGAAGACCUUGUGGCGGAGCUCAUAUAUAAUACAUGGCUUCAAAAACUCGACUCAUUGCCUCCUCUAGGAUCCGACUCGGUAGACGUCCAAUGGACCAUCGCUCGCGCACUGGAGACAAACGCUGAUAUCACACGAAGCAUGGAGCGACGAGGCGACUUUUGCAGCAUCACAUCUGCUGACUGGACAAACCUCGCCGAGCGUCUCCAAAGACGCAUACAAAUCUCUGUCACAGUCGCUCUUCAAGCACAUGCCCAGCAAGCGCAAGACGAACCAAAGGAUGCCAAUGCGCGGAGUCUCGAUCGUAUAGCAUAUCUGGGAGGUCUUUUGCUCCCAUUGACAGUUGUAUCUGGAAUAUUGUCCAUCGAAAGCACUUAUGGUCCUGAGGGAUCAUCAUUCUGGGUAUUCUGGCUGGCAUCGGGCCUGUGUUCUAUCCUCGCACUCCUCGUCAUCUACGCCGAUCAUCUCCGAACACUGGAUGUAUGGAUGGAAGUAGCGGCGAGCGAGAUUCUUGACUUGGAUCACAAUAAAAGAUUUCAAGCGAAUCGAACACCGCAUAGAAGGGAAUACCACAGUAGUGGAGAUCCAGAGCGUGGAGAGGCCAAGUUGACGACAGCUUCGGAUGGAGGGAUAUACGUGGUGCAACAUCGGGGAGAUGGAACGAGAGGUAGGACGUGGAGGAAGAGAGAAUUGGGGUGGGUUGGGGCCAUGAAGAAGAUGAGUGGAUGGUACGCGUGGAGGGGAAGUCCUGGACUAGAGUUUAGAAUGCCAGGCUGGGAGGAGAAGGUGAAGCAUUUGGUAUAUAACUUGGGAUAG